UCGCCGGCAACACUUUUUUUAUGCCUAAAUGGGUCCUCACACAAUUACACAUACGAUAACUAGUCCGUGUGUUACACACACGACACGAUAAGGGUUGAACUUUGUAUACACUAUUAUUAAACCAACACUCCAAUAAUAACAGCCACAAAAUCCACAAACUUCACAUAUAAUCAAUUUUCCCAUUUUCUCUCAUACCUCAAAAAAUCCUCCCUCAUGGCUUCUCUUCUCAACGGCAGCCUCUCAUCCUUACACCCUCAACCAACUCGCGAAUCCAGCUUCUCAAAAAAAUCACUUAUUCACCUAAAUCACUUCCCAAUCUCAAUAAACCCCAAACACAAAUCACUUACAACAAAAACCGUUAAAGUCCGUUCCGACGUUAGUUACGAGCAACGAAAUUCAUCAUCAUCUCUUUCAACUUCAACAACUUCAACCGAUGAUAAGAUCCGUGAAAUUCUUCGUAACCGUGAUUACGACAAGAAAUUCGGUUUCAACAUUGAUAUCGAUUCGAUAACAAUUCCAAAAGGUUUAUCAAAAGAAACAAUCAGAUUAAUUUCAACUUUGAAAUCAGAACCUGAUUGGAUGCUUAAUUUUAGAUUAAGCGCUUUUGAGAAAUUCUUGAAAAUGAAAGAACCUAAUUGGUCAGAUAAUACUUAUCCAACUAUUGAUUUUCAAGAUAUUUGUUAUUAUUCAGCUCCUAAGAAGAAAAAAACACUUGAUAGUUUAGAUGAAGCUGAUCCUGAAAUUCUUAGAUAUUUCGAUAAGUUAGGUAUACCGUUAAACGAACAGAAUCGGUUAGCGAAUGUUGCGGUGGAUGCUGUUCUUGAUAGUGUUUCAAUUGCAACUACUCAUAGGAAAACACUUGAGAAAUCUGGUGUUAUUUUUUGUUCAAUUUCUGAGGCUAUUAAAGAGUAUCCUGAUUUAGUUAGAAAAUAUUUAGGUAGAGUUGUUCCUAGUGAUGAUAAUUAUUAUGCCGCGUUGAACGCGGCUGUUUUUAGUGACGGAUCGUUUGUUUAUAUUCCGAAGGAUACUAAGUGUCCAAUGCAGAUUUCGACUUAUUUUAGAAUUAAUGCGUUAGAGACGGGGCAAUUUGAGAGGACGUUGAUUGUGGCGGAUGAUAGGAGUUCGGUGGAGUAUUUGGAAGGAUGUACCGCGCCUUCUUAUGAUAAGAAUCAGCUUCAUGCUGCUGUGGUUGAAUUGUAUUGUGGGGAAGAUGCGGAGAUUAAGUAUUCGACCGUGCAGAAUUGGUAUGCGGGUGAUGAGAAUGGGAAAGGCGGGAUAUAUAAUUUUGUGACUAAGAGAGGGGUGUGUGCUGGUAAGAGGUCGAAGAUAUCGUGGACCCAGGUGGAGACUGGGUCCGCGAUAACUUGGAAAUAUCCGAGUGUUGUUUUGGAGGGGGAUGAUACUGUUGGUGAGUUUUAUUCUGUUGCUUUGACUAAUAAUUAUCAACAGGCUGAUACAGGGACUAAGAUGAUUCAUAAAGGUAAGAAUACAAAGAGUAGGAUUAUAUCUAAGGGUAUUUCUGCUGGACAUUCGAGGAAUUGUUAUAGAGGGCUUGUUCAGGUUCAGUCUAAGGCGGAGAAUGCGAAAAAUUCUUCUCAGUGUGAUUCCAUGCUUAUUGGUGAUGGUGCAGCUGCUAAUACCUAUCCUUACAUCCAGGUGAAGAACCCAACAGCAAGAAUUGAGCAUGAGGCUAGUACCUCCAAAAUUGGUGAAGAUCAAUUGUUUUACUUUCAACAAAGGGGAAUAGACUAUGAAAAAGCAAUGGCUGCUAUGAUCUCUGGAUUUUGCCGUGAUGUCUUCAAUGAGCUUCCCGAUGAAUUUGGUUCUGAGGUGAACCAACUCAUGAGCUUGAAGCUUGAGGGGUCAGUGGGUUAAACAGAUUGUUAGGCAAUCAUUGUUUUGAAUUAGCCCGGGCCAUUGGUUCUUAAAAUUAUGGAAGUUCUCAGGGGUAGUGUGUCUGGAAGGAUGUGUACAUGAUGUAUAUUAUCUCUAUAAUUUGUCUGAAAGAUAUAGAUUUUGUAUGGAAAUAAGAUUCCAUGAAACAUUGAGUUUCAAACCUUAAUAUAUGAUCUUUAUAAUUUUCUUGUUAAGAGUCUCACAUUUGACGAGACAAAGUCUAACAAUAUGUUUGUAAGUGGUAGGCAUCCCACGCUUUAAAAGCUGGCUUUGUAACUUUGUAAGGGUUGAGUUAGUCCCAACCUAAAUUUUAAGAUGUAUGAUGUUGAUUAGCUCUUUGGAUUUCUGUUCA